AUGGGUGUGUUGGACAAGCUUAUUAUUGCCGUCGUUGGUACCCAUACCCAUGAUGCUAAACAAAUCAAAGCCUGGAUCGAGCGAAACGGCGGCAAAUACUCUGCGAAGAUCAACAAGAGCGUCACCCACCUCAUCGCCAGUAAAGAGGCAUACAAGAAGCCCGCUGACGCUGUACAACAAGCCACCGACCUCAACAUCCACGUAGUCAGCUAUGACUGGUUCGAUGACUCGUUGCAAGCGAAGAAGAAGCUGGGUACUAGGAAGUACACGUGGGAAGUGCUUAUGAAAGAAAGGAGGAAGAAGAAAGAGCUCAAGAGGAUAGGUACUCUGGCCGAUGGCAGUAAGUUCAGGAAAGGCUGUGAGAACAUCGAAGGGUUGACUGGAUCAGGUACGUCGAAGACAUCUCCCGUUGUUGCGAGAAAGCCGAGGAAGAGCAAGAGCUUCUUCUUUGCCACGUCUGCCCCGGUAGUUCCUUCAAUCCCCUUCAUUUCCGCAAAAGAAGACCUCUUGCGUAGGAGGGCGGAAAGGGAGGCUGCAUUGGCUGAAGAUGUUGGAGCUGGAGCUUGUGAGGGCCAGGCAAAGAACUCUAUUGAAGUCAUGGAUGACACUCCAAGCCCGGCCAGCCAAUCUCCAAAGCCUGUCACUCUUAUCAAGGCACCCCUCAAGAAGUCCAAGCCCCCUUCUACCUCUAAGAAAGCCCCACAAGCUAAGAUUUCUCACUGGAAAGAGGAUUAUCACUACUAUCAAGAUACGGACGGCUUCGAAUACAAGAUCCUGCUUGUACGCGUGGACAAUCCUCCCUACGGCUCUGCAAACUACCAUAUUGGGCUAUUGGAGAGUCAUACAAAGCCGCAUGUGUACUGGGCGCUUGUGCAGUACAAGCCUGCCAAGAUCUUACCGGCAGCGGAGAAGGAAGAGAAGGAAGAUGUCAAACGACAAGUAUCUCUUAGCAGCGAAGAAUUUACUCAGCACCCCGAAGCAAAUCGUCUACUCUCCCUCAUCACCAAGCCAGCUCCAACACCCGAGGCUCCGUACAACGGCGAGCUAUGCCCCCGCAGCAGUGACUUCGCUACUGCCAUGCGCUCAUUCCGCCACGCCUUCCGUGAUCUUACCCUCCUCUCCUGGGAAGAACGCUUCGACGACGACAAAACCCUCCAAAAGGCGCGCGCCCAGCUCCUCAACAUUGAGCCCUUCUGGUACGGAAAGCCGAAAAUGGGCAUGCCAAUGGGCAAGUAG